AAUCAGAGGGUCUUAAUUUUUGAAUCUUAAUCAUUAAAAGUUUAUUUUCAUCGCUUUGAGGAGAAUCUUCCGGAAUCUGUGUUGCCAGAUCUGGCAAAGUUUCAGCCCAAUUGGGCCUUUAUUUUUUAUUUAUUUAUUUUUUAAUCUAUUUUUUUCCCCCCUAGGCGAGCGAGACUACGGCCCCCCCAUCGACCUCUGGGGGGCCGGCUGCAUCAUGGCGGAGAUGUGGACCCGAUCUCCCAUCAUGCAGGGCAACACGGAGCAGCACCAGCUGACCCUGAUCAGCCAGCUGUGCGGCUCCAUCACGGCCGAGGUCUGGCCCGGCGUGGAUAAGAAGUACGAGCUGUACCAGAAGAUGGAGCUUCCGAAGGGCCAGAAGAGGAAGGUGAAGGACCGUCUGAAGGCGUACGUGAAGGAUCCGUACGCCCUGGACCUGAUCGACAAGCUGCUGGUCCUGGACCCGGCCCAGCGCACCGACAGCGACGACGCCCUCAACCACGACUUCUUCUGGUCCGACCCCAUGCCGUCGGACCUGAAGAACAUGCUCUCCACCCACAACACGUCCAUGUUCGAGUACCUGGCGCCGCCGCGCCGCCGCGGCCACCUGCCGCAGCAGCAGCCCAACCAGAACCGGAACCCGGCCGCCACCAGCCAGACCGAGUUCGACCGGGUCUUUUAGUGGAC